AGCAGCGUUCCUCGCAGCGGUCAUCGAGCACGGCGACCACGACACUAACCUUUCUUCCCUCUCGCUCUCUACUCACUUGCUAACUUCGUGCUCACUACUCGUACUGCCUCUCUAAUUGUGCCCUCGGAUAUAUCUCUCGGCGUUGCUCGCGUUGACAAUGGAGAGGUCGAAACAACCGACAAACACUGAGAUUAUUCAUGCACGUCGUGGCUUCACAAUUGGUCAUCAAAAGGUCGUUCUAGAGAUUGACUUCUCUGGCAGCAUCUGGGGCUACACAGAUAUUACGCUUUAUCCUACCACCAAAGACUUAAGAACUAUUCAUUUAAACUCUCGUCAAUGCCAUAUCCAUUCCGUCACCGUUGACACGCAUCGAGCCGAAUUUGUGCACCAUGAUGCAUUAUCCCACCUCAGCAUAUCCAAUCCUCAAGAUUGCCACAACCACCCGGAACUUAAACGAAAGAUCUACUCAGCGUUGGCGGAAGAUGAGGAAGGAGAACUCUCUAUUGCAAUCCCCCCAGAAGUCACUAUUCGGCAGGCGCAAUGGCCUGUCCAGGAUCUUACCAGUGCAGCUGCCACCCCUGAGCCACAGACCGCUGGGCCAACCUUGAGUUCAAAGGAGAAAGAUUACACUACUAAAUACGUUGCAAUGACUGUGCAUAUCGUGUACAGUCUCCGCAAGUCGUCCGAUGGCGUCCAAUUUGUGCUCCCAAGCGACACAUAUCCAUUCCGUAUACCUCACGUAUUUACUACCCCGGCUGCACCUGAUUCAGCCAGGUGUUGGGUUCCCUGUGUUGACUAUCUGUGGGAGAAAUGCCCGUGGGAUUUCGAGUUCAUCGUUCCUCGUUCACUCGAACAGCAUGACCCUGUUUCCAGCGACGAGGAUGAACAGCCGGAUGUUGAGUAUCCAACAGUUGUGGUAUGUAGUGGGAGAUUCGAGGAACAGAUCGCACAUCCCCAUAACUCCGCAAAGACAAUAUUCCAGUUCUCGUUACCGCAGGCUACUUCGGUGCAACAUGUCGCUUUCGCUGCAGGUCCCUUCCACGUAUACCCCGUACCCGGUGACGAAGAGACUGCAAUCCAGGUGGGAAUCACUGCGUUCUGUCUUCCGGGCCAUGAGUCCAUGCUUGCAAACUCAGUCUCUACCCUACGCUCGGCCAUGAGCUUCUACUCUCGGGCGUAUACUGGUGCUUUCCCCUUCGAUUCCUUCAAACUGGUUUUCGUGGAUGAGAUGCCUUCGCAACGCUUCGACAGUGCUUCUCUGUCUGUCAUCACGGCUGAUCUAUUGCACGGCGACGACACCAUUGAUCAGGUGUAUGAAACCCGCCAUUCGUUGAGUCAUGCGCUCGCAUGUCAAUGGAUUGGCAUCGACAUGUACCAGAAGUAUUGGCCGGAUACUUGGCUAAUCAAUGGACUGUCGCUGUACGUCACCGGUCAGUUCAUGCGCAAGGUGUUUGGGAACAACGAGUAUCGAUAUCGACUGAAGAAGGAUAUGGAGCGUGUGCUAGAGAUGGACAACGGUAGUAUGCCUCCUAUAUGCCAACCACAUACGCCAGAUCCACCAGAUGCCAACCUUCUGCCUUUCGUGAACCUCAAGGCUCCUUUGGUUUUACACAUACUCGAUCGCCGGUUGUGCAAGUCCGGUACUUCGGUUUCCCUCAUCCGUAUUCUUCCCAAGAUUUUCCUGGCUGUCCUGUCAGCGGAACAUUAUGAAGGGAAGGGUUUGUCGACGCACAAUUUUUUGCGUAUGUGUCGGAAGGUCAGUGGGAUUGAUCCUAGAUCGUUUGCAGAGCAGUGGAUCUACGGAAGUGGGUGCCCGAGAUUUGGGUUCUCCGCCUCGUUCAAUCGAAAGAAGAUGGCCGUGGAGAUCUCGAUGAGGCAGGAAUCUCCAGCUUAUCAAGUUCACGAGAAUAACGAGAUCUCGAAGACACUGAUGAAGCCCGUUCCGUUCUUCGAGGGUCAAAUGACAAUCCGAAUUCACGAAGCAGACGGUACACCCUACGAGCACGUUCUUGACAUUCGAAAUCCGUACAAACGCUAUGAAGUCCCAUUCAAUACGAAGUACAAACGUGUCCGUCGAAAUACCAAACGAUACCUUGCGCGUCAGCAAGCCGCUCAAGCCGCCGCGGAGGGUGAUGCUGACGCAGUAGAGGCCAUGAACAUGAUCGACAUGGGCUUUGGCUUGGAGAUUUGGGAGAAGGAGCAAGAGCGUGAGAAUUGGAAAGUGGCAGACUGGACAGAGGAAGAUGAACAGAAUAUGUCCGGUCAGACGUAUGAAUGGAUCAGAAUCGACGCUGAUUUGGAAUGGAUUGCCGCCAUUGCAUUCGACCAGAAGGAUUAUAUGUGGGUGUCUCAAUUGCAGAGGGAUCGGGAUGUGGUUGCGCAAUACGAGGCCAUUUCUGUGCUCUCUAAGACCCCGAACCCAAUCAUCUCAAGCACAUUCACGAAGACAGUUCUGGUCACAAACUAUUUCUAUCGGAUCCGGUGUGAGGCAGCAAUGGCCCUGGUUACAUGCGCGAUUCAACGUUUGGAUUGGCUAGGUCUAUUUCAUUUGUUCAAGCUCUUCCUUCGGUACUGUUACGAGCCGGAAGACCCUAAUCAAGACCUUUUCAAUCAUUCGUACGUCCCUCGGCCUAAUGACUUCAGCGACUUCGCGGAAUAUUUUGUUCGCAAGAGCCUCGUUAGAGCUGUUUCCCAAGUUCGGUUCGAGAAUGGCAAGACACCACCGAUCGUCCGACAGUUCCUCAUCGACCAACUGCGCUAUAAUGACAAUACUUCGAAUCCUUAUUCCGAUGCUCUUUAUAUCUGCACCGUCAUUUCGGCUCUUACGUGCGCCACUGUCUCCGCUGUCCCUCCUGAACGCGGCGAGUUUGUCAAUGCCGAUACAACCCCAGUCAUAGAUCAGACUGAUCGUGACUUGUUGAAGCAGGCUUUGACAGAAAUUGAUAGGUACAGGAGUAUGGACAGACUUAUACCUUCUUUUCACAACGUAGUCACUAUUGCUACACUUGAGUUUCAUCUCACCCUCAGCAUGGCCAAUCUGAUACCCCACGAACCACGAAUAUUUUUACCCUUGACUCGUGAGGGCAACUACACUCAAGUACGCAUGGCCGCAUUCGAUGCUCUUUUCCUAAGCAAGUGGUAUGCGCCCAAGAUUAUGCAAUAUUUCCUCUCUGUCAUGGCCAAUGAUUCCUCGCGCGUCAUUCGACGGCAUGUUGCUCGAAAUGCGUGUCAAAGUCUUGCCCUACUGGUCACCAUGGGCGAGCUCAAGUCUUCUGCGAAGGAUUCCGAGACGGUCCUCAUUGAGGAAGACGGCAAUGGACAAGAGAAGGCAAAGGAGAGCAGGAAAAGCGACAUCGAUAUUCUUAUCAAGGCACUGCGGAAGGACCGCGAGGCCGGAAAGAAUGAAGCUGUUCGAGAGUUCCUCAUUCCUAUCGCUUUGUCUCCUGAGGCCGACUUCGAAGUUCGUUGGUGCUUACUCAAGCUGGCCGACUUGCUCAUUCGUGGUGCCGAAGAAGUCCCUCCAAAGGUCACGAUACACCUACCACCCACUCCUGUCGUCGAGGCAGCUCCCCCAUUACCAACUCUCAAAGUACCUCUCAAAACCCAGAAGUUGCUCAAGCCUACCGCCGCUCCUGCCAAGGGUCCUGUCCCCCCCUUCACCGUGCCCAGUAAACUCAAGCUCCCCGUCAAUGGAGUCCAUGCACACGUUACGCGUGCGCCAAGUACUCCGACUCCAUCAGCAGAACCGAGAAAGGCCGUCGUCUUUCCCGUACCUAGACCUCCAAAGAAAGUGUUGGAGAAGCCAGGCAAGCCUCAGCCCAAGCAUGUGCCCAAGGCGCAGUCUGGUGGCAUGAGCGUGUACGAUCUGAGGGCUUGUCAGAGUGCCCUCAAAAAGCUUCAAACUCACAAACGUGCAGCUAUUUUCUUGCAGCCUGUUGAUCCCGUUCGGGAUAGGGCUCCCAACUACUUCGACGUCAUCAAGAAUCCUAUGGAUCUCAGCACGGUGAACGCCAAGCUCGAAUCGGGCAAGUACAAGGACCGAUUCGAUUUCGAAGCUGACUUCCGCUUGAUGAUCUCGAAUGCGAAGACGUAUAAUGCAGCCGGAAGUUACGCCCACGGUGAAGCUGUCGCUCUGGAGGCAUUCUUUGAUAAACAAUGGACUCGUAUCAACAAGACUUUGGAAGCUGCCGACAAGGCUCAUACACGGGCGGUUCCGUUACCGGCCAGACCGUCUGUCCCUCCUACACCUGUUGUCAAGAUCGCGCCGCCUGCUGCGCCUGAAACCCCUACGAGAGCUACUCCUACCCCAUCUACAUCUACCCGUCCAACGAUUAAGCUCAGGGUUGGUUCUACCCCUUCUGCUCCACCAAACGGAACUCCAAUAACCGAGACUUCGAAGCCAACGCCUAAACCCAGAGUCCGAAGGGCAAAGGAGCCUAAACAUACAGAAGUCCCGCCGCCCGAACCAUACAACCUGCCUCCGGCGGAAGAGCCCUCAAGUGUUGUUCCUUAUGUUGAGGACGACGGGUCUGCAGACCUCUUGGAGGAAGUCAUUGCGAUUGAACAGGCCAAGAACAAGGAGAAAGAGGAGAAACGUGAUCGCGAAAGAGAGAGAGCGCGGGAGCGAGAGCGUGAACGUGAAAAGGUGCGAGAGAGGGAGGAACGUGUAAAGGAGGAGAAGGCGAAAGAGCGUCAGACGGGGCCGAAACUUAUUAUUGGCAAGCGCAAGAAACCAUUAACCCCAGAAGAACCUGAGUCAGAGGAAGAAGAGUUGUUGGCUCUCGCGGCACCUGCUAAGAAGAGCAAGUCUACCUCUGUUACUCCGCCAAUCUCUGCGCCGUCUGCUGUGGCUGGUCCAUCGAUUGAAAAGCCAGUGGCGCCUGCACCUGUCAAGAAUGGUAUAGCUGGUCGCAAUGGCAAGGAGAAAGCAGUGAAGGCACCUUCGACUGCAGCUACUGCAGAAGUCUCGAGGAAGGGCAAGGAGAAGGCUGUCUCGACUCCUGGAAUCUCCACCCCGGCAAGAACGAGGUCUCCUCAGCAGACGCCUAUCAACGAGAAGAAGUGCAAGGAAGUCUUGAGGGCGAUCACCAGACUUCCCGAUGCUGGCAUUUUCCUCCAACCUGUGGACCCAGUACGCGAUGGUUGUCCAACGUACUACGAUGAAAUCAAGCAUCCGAUGGACUUCGGUACUAUGUCCGCAAAACUCAAUGAGCACAAAUACCUUACGAUGGAGGAAUUUGCCAAGGAUGUUGAGUUGGUCUUUGCCAACUGUCGGCAGUUCAAUCCACCCACGACCUACCCAGUCAACUGCGCGGAUGCUGUCGAACGAGCAUUUAAGAAGGAAUGGGCGAAAGCGACAGAGAAGAAACUUGCAUACAACGAGAAGCGAAGUCUCCUGGGAAUAGUAAACAAGCUUCUCACUGACCCUGUUGCCUGGGUGUUCCGAGAGCCCGUUGAUCCUGUGAAAUUGGGCAUCCCGAUGUACUUUGACAUCAUCCCUCGCAGAGACGCACGAGACCUCAGCACUAUCAAGCAGAAACUGGAGGUCGACAAGUACGAUUCAGUGGAGGCAUUCGAGGCGGAUCUGGAUUUGAUGAUCGAUAACGCUAUCCGCUUCAAUGGGCCAGAUUCUGACGUGGGCAGGAUUUCGUAUGCCGUGAGGGACAAGUGCAAGGAUAUGCUUUCCUCGGUGCGUACGACUGUGAGUACGAAGAGGAAGGGUGGAGAAAAGGGGACUCCUCAGCCGAAUAAGAAGGUGAGGAUGGGAUGAGAUUCUGUGCGGUGCUUUUCUAUUUCUUUGGGCAUCCUUAGUCGAUGCAUUGUAUUCUGUGGGGUAUUGUAGUGCUAUAGUAAGAUGAGCAUGUUCAAGUUGCUCAUAAUUCACCCUCUCGUUGCUACGCCUUGAUCGUCGAAAUUUCACAUGGAGCCAUGCCAAGAACUUUCUAUGGUGACAUCACUAUC